AUGUAUAAUUCAUGCCUUCAAGGCCUAAAGAUCCCCAAAUUAUGGAGACGAGCCAAGGUUGUAGCCAUUCUUAUGCCAGGCAAAUGCCCAUCGGAUCCAAAGAGCUACCAUCCGAUUUCACUGUUGUGUUAUUCUUUCAAGCUGUUUGGGAGAAUGCUAUUGAACUGCUUUACACCAGUCUUAGAAUCAUCUCUCAUACCAGAACAAGCUGGGUGCCUACCCGGCAAGUCGUGUACCAAACAAACUCUGAACUUAGUUCAAUAUAUCGAGGAGGCUUCGAAACCCAAAAAGUCACCGGUGUCGUAUUUGUGGGCCCUUACAGCAGCUUUUGACACCGUAAAGAUUAGAAGACUACUGAUGAAGCUUCAUGAAAUAACUAAUACUAACUAA